AUUUGUUAAGGGAAAAAUAUAAUGGCCUCCUCUAGUGGGGCAUCUUCAGGGUCAAAAGCCAUGUUGAGGAACUCAAGUUCUGAAGAGGAUCCGCGGCAGAUUAUGGACCUAAGGAAGCGUAAAAGGAUGAUAUCCAAUAGAGAAUCUGCAAGAAGAUCAAGAAUGAGGAAACAGAAACACCUGGAAGACCUCACGGGACAACUUGGUCAGCUCGCGAGAGAAAAUAAUGAGAUCCUGACAAGGAUGAAUGCUAUCUCUCAGCUUUACAUGAAUAUCGAAGCCGAGAACUCUAUCCUCAGAGCCCAAAUGGCCGAGCUUAGCCACAGAUUGGACUCUCUCAAUGAAAUUAUUGAAUAUGCCAACUUUAGCGAUGGUCUUUUUGAACCCGAGGAUGCUGUUGCCUCUGUUUCUGCGACUAGUCAUCAGAUUGGUGACGGCUUUUUCAUGAAUCCAUGGAAUAAUGCUAAUUCCCACGUGAAUCAACCCAUCAUGGACAUGGUUAUGUACUGAAAUUUUUUAUGUGGGAGUGUGGCCGUACUUGAUGCUGUUUAUGUUUUUAUCCCUUUUCUUUUGAUGUUGUGUUUGUGCUUGCCAUGAUGAAUAGAAGAUGUAACGGUUGUAGCAGGAUCUAAUUUUGAAAAGAUUGUAACUAGUCAUGUUGAAUUGAUUAAUGUAAUGAUCGGAGGGAUAACCUCUUA